AUGCUGGUUCGAAUCUCCCCUUUCGACGACAGUAAAAGGCGGCACGCAUCAUUUGCAGCAGUAGCCGUGAUUCCAAUUCUUGGGGAAGGGUUCACACACGUUCAGAUCAAUGAAUCCGACCUACGAAUCGAACGGUUUUGGGCUGGGGGAGCUGGUAGGCAGCACGUUAACUCGACUGAGAGUGCUGUGAGGAUAGUUCAUAUUCCAACUGGGGAUCCAAAUGUUGAAAUGAUUCUGCUUGGACGGAUUCGCUGCAAAUCACAGCAUAUGAACAAGGCAUCAGCUAUGUCAGUGCUUCAGUCGCGGCUAGACCAUCUUGAGAUGGCGAGGCAGGCCCAG